AUGGUGGCGUGGAGCGUGGGGUCACUGGCACUAGUUGUCGCUGACGGUGCAGAGGUGGAGCAGCACGGUGGCGUGGAGCGUGGGGUCCUGGCACUAGUUGUCGCUGACGGUGCCGAGGUGGAGCAGCACGGUGGCGUGGAGCGUGGGGUCCUGGCACUAGUUGUCGCUGACGGUGCCGAGGUGGAGCAGCACGGUGGCGUGGAGCGUGGGGUCCUGGCACUAGUUGUCGCUGACGGUGCCGAGGUGGAGCAGCACGGUGGCGUGGAGCGUGGGGUCCUGGCACUAGUUGUCGCUGACGGUGCCGAGGUGGAGUAG